UGACUGUAGUAGUGUCAUUGUAACAAUUAGAGUAUAGUGCAUUUAAAGGUUAGAAAUUAAUGUGAUUUCUUUGUCAGGGAUCAAAUUACAAUGGAUUCCAAUGACUUUCAGAUCAGAUUAAUUAACAAUGAAAAGGGUAAGGGUCUUUUUGCUGUACGUUCAUUUAAAUAUGGAGAUACAAUUCUAGAAGAAAAACCUAUAAUUUGUUGUCAAUUCUCAUGGAACUUAGACUAUGGAUACUUAGCUUGUGACAAUUGUUUAAAACCUUUAGAAACUGCUGAAGAAAAUGUACGUAGGUUGACUGGAAACUCAGCAAUUAUUUUACCUUAUCCAGAAUGCUGCGAAACAAAAAAAGAUUUGAUUACAGAAUGUCCUGAAUGUGGCACAAAAUACUGUAGUAUUGAAUGCCAGAAUGAUGCUUAUUUAAGAUAUCAUAGUACAAUAUGUUUACAAUCAAGAGAAAAGGAUGAGUCUCAUCCCUUGGUGCAAUUAAAUGAAACAUGGAAGCAAAUGCAUUAUCCACCAGAAUCAGCAACAGUGAUGUUAUUAAUUAAAAUGGUAGCUCUUGUUAAUCAAGCUGAUAAUAAAGAAGAGAUGCUUUCAACUUUCUCACAAUUUUGUCAUCGUACAGUUAAUGAUACACAUGAACUUGCACACAAAUUACUUGGAGAAAAGUUUAUUGGACAAAUUGAAGUGCUCAGACAAAUGAUGCAGAAAGCCGUAAAUACAGAAUUUACAGAACAUUGGUUUACACCAGAAGGUUUUAAAAGUCUGUUAGCUUUAGUAGGUACAAAUGGUCAAGGAAUUGGAACUAGUGCAUUUAGUCGUUGGGUUAAAAAUGUAUCUGCUUUGGAAUUACCAAGAGAUGAAAGAAUCCAAGUUGAUAAAUUAAUAGAACGAAUUUAUGAUGAUAUGGAAGAAGCGGUAGCUUUUUUUUUGAACAAUGAAGGUUCUGGUCUUUAUAUCUUUCAAUCAUCAAUAAAUCAUAGUUGUGUACCAAACGCAAUUGUAGAAUUUCCUUAUUCAAACAAUGUAUUGGUUCUAAAAGCUAUACGUGAUAUUCAUCCUGAAGAAGAAAUAUGCAUAAGUUACCUUGAUGAAUGUUGUCUAGAAAGAAGUAGACAUUCGCGACAGAAAGCCUUAAGCUCUUUAUAUUUAUUUCAUUGCUAUUGUAAUAAGUGCUUAUCACAAGUUAAUGAUCCAGAUUUAACAUCAGAAGAUGAAAUAGAUGAUGACGACAUUUCCAGCUGAAAAUACGAAUUUUUAUAGUAUACAUGCAUAUAAAUAAAUUUUUUAAUAUUUACAUAUGUCAUAAUAUGUACACUUCAAUUUACUUGCAUUUAUAUAGGUAAUGUUAUUUUAUUAGCUCAUAACAUUAGUAAUUACGUAUAAACAUUAAAUAUAAAAUCGGUACUAUUUACAAAUAUAAUUCUUUAUCUGGUUUUAUCUCUUUCUAAACAUAUUUACAAAUAAAACAACACAUUUCGUUACAAGAAAUCAAUUAGUAGACUGUACUUCUAUGUACUAAUUCUCCAUAAUACAUUUAAAAAUAAAAUAUUUAAUAUUUAACUUCGAUAUUGCUUAUAUAAUUAAGAUACACAUUAUAUUUAUCCAUAAAAGCUUAUUAUUUAUAAGCCAUUUAUUGUAGUAAAGUAUCAAAUAAAUUGUA